AUACCUGCUCUUUCAGCUGUCUGAAGAUAUCACUGAAGAUGAGCUGAAGUCUUUCAAGUUUCUUCUGGGGAAAGAAUUACCAAAAUGCAGGCUAAACGCUAAGACAACAAUGCUCGACGUUUUCAUUGAGAUGGAGAAGAAGGGGAUUUUGGGAGAAGACAACCUAAGUGUCCUGAAGAGUCUGUGUGCAGAAAUUAACGUCAGCCUGUUGAAGAAAAUUGAAGAGUAUGAAAUAAACCUAUUUGUUGAAGAAGAGAUGCUCUUCCCAGAGGAACAGAGGGGCAGCACAGGAGGCCCUGAAGCCCAUGCCAGGUGGCCAGCGUCAUCUGUGGCACAUGAUUCUCCUGGCAGUUGGCAUGAAUCUUCCCAGCUUGAAGCUUACAAAAUGACUAGCCAGCCCCGUGGAGUAUGCCUGAUCCUGAAUAAUCACAAUUUUGCAAAAGCCAGGGAAGCAGUGCCAGAACCCAAAAAGAUGAAGGAUAGGAAUGGGACAGACGUGGAUGCAGCUGCUCUGAGAAGAAUCUUUAGCAAGCUUCAUUUUACAAUAGCAGAAUAUAGAGACCUCACUGCAGAGGAAAUCCGUAAGACUGUGAACAUCUACCGCUGUGAAGACCACACAGACAAAGACUGUUUUGUUUGCUGUAUCCUAUCUCAUGGGAAAAAAGGCAUUAUAUAUGGUGUUGAUGGGCAGGAAGUACCUAUCCAGGAACUGACCACAGCUUUCACUGGACAGAAUUGCUGCUCACUUGCUGGAAAACCAAAAGUCUUUUUUGUUCAGGCCUGCCAAGGUGACGCUUGCCAGAAAGGCGUGACCAUUGAAACAGAUUCUGGAGAGCAAGAUUCUUCUGUAGAAACAGAUGCAAGAUUUCAACUUGACUGCAUCCCCGCAGAAGCAGACUUCCUCUUGGGCAUGGCCACCCUGCAAGAUUACGUUUCCUACAGAAGCCCAAGGCAGGGGACCUGGUACAUACAAGCGUUGUGCCAGCACUUGGAGUACAGCUGUCCUCGAGGAGAAGAUAUCCUCACCAUCCUGACAGCAGUGAAUCAAGAAGUGAGCAGAAAGAGUUGCAAGCCAAAUGAAGACAAGCAGAUGCCACAGCCUAGUUUCACACUGAGGAAAAAGCUCAUCUUUCCUGUCAACUAAAUGGGAGGGAAGCACAUGGCAGAGGGAGCAGCAGCUGCCUGGAA